ACUGGUUUAUUCUUUUGUCACGGGUUUCUUCUGAAUCUGAUCCUGGCUCAUCAGAGUGUAAAAUAAAGUUAUCCUUUUAGUGGAAUUGCUCAUCAAUAUCAAAUAAAGUAAAAUGGGAUCUGUUUCCUCUUGAGUGAACACACAACAAAUCAUGAAACUAGAGUUUUGUAUGAAAAUUUCAGAAGAUCCUGGUUUCGUGCGUGGACUGAUGAUGGAUCUUUCAUUUGAUGUUGAUUAAUUGAAAUAUCAUUGAGGAACCCAAAAGACUAAGUUUUUCUGCUUUUUUAUGCAUAUCCUGCGGACUUCGUAAGUCACUCUUGUGAAAAUGGAGAUGAUAACUAAUGUUACAGAGUAUGAAGCAAUUGCAAAGGAAAAAUUGCCAAAGAUGGUUUAUGACUACUAUGCAUCAGGGGCAGAGGAUCAGUGGACUUUGAAAGAGAAUCGAAAUGCAUUCGCUAGGAUUCUAUUCCGGCCACGUAUUCUUGUUGAUGUAAGCAGGAUAGACUUGACUGCAACUAUAUUGGGCUUCAAAGUUUCAAUGCCAAUCAUGAUUGCUCCGACAGCCAUGCAGAAGAUGGCUCACCCUGAAGGAGAAUUAGCUACUGCAAGAGCAGCAUCAGCUGCUGGCACAAUCAUGACACUAUCAUCCUGGGCCACUUCCAGUGUUGAGGAGGUUGCUUCAACAGGUCCUGGCAUUCGGUUUUUUCAGCUCUAUGUGUUUAAAGACAGAAAUGUAGUUGCUCAGCUUGUGAGAAGAGCUGAAAGAGCUGGUUUCAAGGCAAUUGCCCUUACUGUGGACACUCCAAUUCUUGGUCGUAGGGAGGCUGACAUCAAAAACAGAUUUACAUUGCCACCGCACUUGAUAUUGAAGAAUUUUGAAGGACUGGAUCUUGGAAAGCUGGACAAGACUAGUGACUCGGGUCUUGCCUCUUAUGUUGCUGGCCAAAUUGAUCGAUCACUCAACUGGAAGGAUAUCAAAUGGCUGCAAACAAUCACUUCAUUGCCAAUUUUAGUAAAGGGUGUACUUACUGCUGAAGAUACAAGGAUAGCCUUAAAAGCUGGUGCUUCUGGAAUCAUUGUUUCCAAUCAUGGAGCUCGCCAACUAGACUAUGUUCCAGCAACUAUUACAGCUUUGGAAGAGGUAGUUACAGCUGCAGAAGGAAGAAUUCCAGUUUUUCUGGAUGGUGGAGUUCGUCGAGGAACAGAUGUUUUUAAAGCACUAGCACUUGGGGCAGCUGGUGUGUUUAUUGGUAGACCUGUGUUGUUUUCAUUGGCUGCUGAUGGAGAGGCUGGUGUGAGAAAAGUACUUCAAAUGCUUCGUGAUGAGUUUGAACUAACUAUGGCACUAACCGGUUGCCGUUCACUCAAGGAGAUAAGUCGAGACCAUGUUAUCACAGACUGGGAUCGCCCAAGAAUUGCUCCUAAGUUAUGAGGUGGCUCAACUCAACCUUGGUCUUCUAUGUUCUAAAAUAGAAAUUUUAGAAUAUCCUUUGAUCUCAGCUCAUGCUUCAAUGGAAAACCUGUGUUUCAUCCAUUAGAAAUUGCUGCUUUAUUCACUGUACAGAACGAGUUUCUACCUGGACUCAUUUCAUUGCACUUGGUGCUAGUAUUUGGAAAACUGCAGAAACAUGAUCGCCAAUAAAAUGUACUAAAAGGUUAAGAAUUCUUCUUACUACUAGACUUUAAAAUAGUGUAAAUUCUCCAUUCACAUGGCUAAACCAAUACUUUAAUUUAUAA